AUGAAUUCUAAAAAAUCUUUAAAAGAGAUACUAGAUUCUGAAAAUAUUGAUUUUGAUGAUGAUAUCAUUGAAGAUAAUAAAGUAAAUAUUGAAAAUUCAAAAGAUGAAGUGUUUGCUGAUGUUGAAAAUAAUGAUGGGGAUAAUGAUACCUCUACAAUAUGUAUUGAGUGUGAAAACGAAAAAUGGAUUAUAAUUUGCCAAGAUUGCCAAGAUAAUUUCUGUGAAGAUUGUUUUAAUUCAAUCCAUAAAACUGGUACAAGACGUGAGCACACUUUUAUCAAUACAAAAAUACAAGAAAAUGAUAUUAAAGCUUCUAAUGCAAAUACUAUUGAUGUUACCGGAAAUAAUGAUCACGAUAACCCUGACGAUGAGGGAAACAUUUCCAAUGAAUUAGAAGAUCGCUCCUUCAAAGUGUCUAAUUCAAUUAGUGAGGGAAAGUUGUUAAAAUAUUUGCAAAAAAAUAUUUCAUUUAUUCCAAUGAGAUUAACCUAUGAAGAGAGAUACCUUCUAAAAUUAUUAGAAGCCACAUUAGAAGUUUCUGAAUAUACCAACAAUGUUGAUAUACUAUCUUAUGAGUCAAAAACUAAAAGAAUUGUAAAACAAUUAAAAGAAUUAUGUUCUAUAUUAUCUGGUCUUGUAAUUGCAUCUAACUUUAAAAUUGGUUUAAAAUUAAUCGAAAACAAGGAAUACAAGAAAUUUUCUAAUUGGUUUAAAAAAAUUUUUGAAAUUGGUAGAAGAUAUAAGAUUAUGAAUCCCGAAAAGAUGAAAUCUAAUUAUGGUAAGCUUGUCUACAUAUUAAUGGAUUCUAUGUUACCUGAAAUAGAAUCAAUUAUGGAGUUCAAUUUGUAUAAGCCAAUCAAUACCAUCGAGUCAUUUUUAAUUGAAAACAAUUCAAAGAAUACAGAUAACAAUGAAAUUUAUCAAAUGUUUCGAGAUAAUUUGAUUCUUGAUGCAACAAGUUAUAUUUCCUCCAUUGGUAAAACAAGAACCCAGAUAAAUAAAUUAAUUAAAAAAAAAGAAAGUGCCAUUGAAACCUUAGCUAAUAAAUAUGGUAAAAUCAACGGCUUUGAUGACGAAAAAAUCCGCCAAAUUAUUUAUUCAAUCGAUGACUUUAAUACUUAUACAUUUAUGAAUAGAACCCCUAUUUUAAGAAUGCAAAGAAGAUUAGAUUUAUUUCUAGAACCAGAAAUUAUGAAAAAAUACCCGAUAGGUAUUAAAUAUGGUAGAGGUGGUUCUAAAUUAACUCAUGACCAUAGUAAACAAUACCAUUACGUCCAACAAUCUUUGAUGAUUUGGUCAAUUGUUCAACGAGAAAUGAUACAUCUUUGGUACUUAGCUGAUUUAGAUCUUUUCAGUACCACACAUUAUCAAUUGGCAAAUACAGGUCAUGGUUUAAAUAGAAUCAAAGCGUGUCCUUUAAUUUAUAAAGAAAUGGUCAAAAUUAUUGGUGAAUGUAAGAUGAGUAGUAAAGAAUGGAUUGGAUCAUCUGUUAUUCAUUUAGGUGAUCACGCUGUCCCUAAUGCGUUAUUUUUCUUAGAUAAAUAUAUUCAAAUCCCAAAUAUCUUAAUGCCAUUCGAUAAUACAAUCAAUAAAAUAGAUGAAUAUGUUUCCCACGAUGUAUUUUUCUCUGAAUACAUUACUAAGGAAUAUGGUUCUACAAAAGAUUUGAAAUUGAUCAUCCUACAAGAUUCGUUCACUCAUAUGUUUGAUGGAUCAGGUGCUGAUAAUUUCUUUAUGAGUGGCUCUUGUAUUGAUGGUAGAUUAACCUCGGCCUGGAAUUUUUGUAAUGAAUUAUCCAAAAAGAAAUAUUAUAAUAUCUUCUUGUUGACCGGUUUCACUGGAUUUAAUGGUAACGAAGGAUUUUGA